UACCGUUAUGGUCGCCUCCUUGUGCCGGUGUCCGCACAUGGGGUUCUAGGGCUGUGGAUGUGCUUACAGGAACUGUCGCCACUACUCUUCGACGUCUUUGGACCCUCUUCCUUUCACUUUCUUUUGUUGACUCCUGUGUGACCCUCGUAGGACUCUGUUUUGGUUGCACCGAUAUCUGAGGUGAUGUGGACCCCGGAGCUGGCCCUACUGAGGGGCUUCCCCACUGAGGCUGAGCUGCAGCAGUGGAAGCAAGAGGGAGUCGCCGGUUCGGAGAGUGGAUCUUUCCUACAAUUGCUGCUAGAAGGGAACUAUGAGGCCAUAUUCUUAAAUUCAUUGACUCAAAGUAUUUUAAAUUCAGCAACGAUGACUGAAGAAAAGAUUGACAGCUACCUAGAGAAGCAGAUAGUAACAUUCCUGGAUUACUCAACAGAUUUGGACAAAACCAGAAGACAGCAGCUGAUAUUCCUACUUGGUGUGAGCAGUUUGCAACUUUUUGUUCAGAGUAACUGGACGGGGCCUCUUGUUGAUUUACACCCUCAGGAUUUUCUGCCGUCUGUUUUGUUCCAGCAGUUUAGUGAGGUCAAAGGACUGGAUGCACUCAUUCUGAGUUUGCUCAUUCUAGAUGGUGAAUCAAUCUACAGCCUGACCUUGAAGCCUAUACUGCUAUUAUUAGCACGAAUUUCCCUAGUGAAUGUAAGACAUAGGCUGACAGCUAUUCAGAGCUUGCCAUGGUGGACUUUGAGAUGUGUGAAUAUUCACCAGCAAUUGCUUGAGGAGCGCUCACCUCAGCUCUUUGCUCUUGCUGAAGACUGUAUUGAUCAAGUGAUGAAACUAGAGGAUCUGUUUGUAGAUGAUUCAGGUCGAUAUUUGGCUGUUCAGUUCCAUCUGGAAUGUGCAUAUAUAUUUUUAUAUUAUUAUGAAUAUAAAAAAGCAAAAGAUCAGUUCAAUAUUGCUAAAGAGAUCUGCAGAUUACAAAUUGAUUUGACAGGUGCUUUGGGAAAAAGGACACGAUUCCAGGAAAAUUACGUGGCCCAACUUAUUCUAGAUGUAAGAAGGGAAGGAGCUGUGUUUUCAAAUUAUGAAUUCACUCCAGCACCCACUCCUCAGGAAUAUUUAACCAAGAAUAUUGAGCUCAAUGAUGAUACUGUUCUAAAUGAGAUAAAGUUAGCAGAUUGUGAACAGUCUCAGAUGCCUGACCUGUGUGCUGAAGAGCUUGCUGUUAUCCUUGGAAUCUGCACAAAUCUCCAAAAGAAUAACCCAGUGCAUAAGUUAACUGAAGAGGAGCUGCUGGCAUUUACAUCCUGUUUGCUUUCACAACCCAAGUUCUGGGCCAUUCAGACAUCAGCUUUGAUCCUCCGGACAAAACUUGAGAGAGGAAGCACACGCCGAGUGGAACGGGCAAUGAGGCAGACACAGGCUCUUGCAGACCAAUUUGAAGAUAAGACUACGUCUGUAUUGGAACGUCUGAAGAUUUUCUAUUGCUGUCAAGUGCCACCUCAUUGGGCCAUUCAGCGCCAGCUUGCAAGUUUACUCUUUGAGUUGGGAUGUACCAGUUCAGCCCUUCAGAUAUUUGAGAAGCUAGAAAUGUGGGAAGAUGUUGUCAUUUGUUAUGAAAGAGCUGGGCAGCAUGGGAAGGCAGAAGAAAUCCUCAGGCAAGAGCUGGAGAAAAAAGAAACACCAAGUCUAUACUGCUUGCUUGGAGAUGUCCUUCGAGAGCACUCUUACUACGACCAGGCCUGGGAGUUGUCUCAGCACCGCAGUGCUCGCGCCCAGCGCUCCAAAGGCCUCCUCCAUCUGCGAAGCAAAGAGUUUAAAGAAUGUGUGGAGUGCUUUGAACGCUCGGUGAAGAUUAAUCCCAUGCAGCUCGGGGUGUGGUUUUCUCUGGGCUGUGCCUAUCUGGCCUUGGAAGACUAUGGAGGUUCAGCAAGGGCAUUUCAGCGCUGUGUGACUCUAGAACCUGACAACGCUGAAGCUUGGAACAAUUUAUCAACUUCUUAUAUCCGAUUAAAACAAAAAGUGAAAGCUUUUAGAACUUUACAAGAAGCCCUCAAGUGCAACUAUGAACAUUGGCAGAUCUGGGAAAACUAUAUUCUCACUAGCACUGACAUUGGGGAAUUUUCAGAAGCCAUUAAUGCUUAUCAUCGGCUCUUGGACUUAAGAGACAAAUACAAAGAUACUCAGGUCCUUACAAUUCUGGUCAGGGCAGUGAUGGAUGGGAUGGCUGAUCGUAGUGGAGAUGUUGCAUCUGGCCUCAGAGGAAAGCUGCAGGAGCUGUUUGGCAGAGUAACUUCAAGAGUGACGAACGACGGAGAAAUCUGGAGGCUAUAUGCCCAAGUGUGUGGAAAUGGGCAGAGUGACAAGCCUGAUGAAAAUGAAAAGGCGUUCCAGUAUCUCUCUAAGGCAUACAAGUGUGACACACAGUCCAGUUGUUGGGAGAAAGAUAUUACAUCAUUUAAGGAAGUGGUUCAGAGAGCCUUAGGACUCGCACAUGUGGCUAUAAAAUGCAGUAGAAGCAAAUCCAGUCCCCAAGAGGCUAUACAAGUGCUUUCUUCAGUGCGACUCAAUUUACGGGGCUUGUUAUCUAAAGCAAAGCAACUUUUUACAGAUGUGGUAAGUGGAGAAAUUUCCAGGGAGUUAGCUGAUGAAACAGCAGCAAUGGACACCUUAGUAACAGAGCUUCAAGACCUAAGCAACCAAUUUCGAAAUCAGUAUUGACCAUCCUCAGAACAGCUUCUGGAAAAGGUGCUUCACCUUCUGGAAUUUCUCUUAUACCUGUGUAUCUAAACUACAAGAUACUAAUUUUUUUAAUAAAUUUCUCUUGUAUGGGUAA